AUGAAGUCGAAGCUAGUUCUCAGUGACUUUUGCAAUGAGAACGGCGUAACAUGUUGUCCUAUCACCGAGGCGUUGUUUAACCUUGUUCAUAGGGAAGGGGGGGACUCUACUGGUGAGCUCGACGCCCGGCUUGAGGCUGUUCAGGAGGAGCUAUGCAGAUGCAUGGACACUGUGAGCGGCACAGACACCGCCCCUACGAACGACUUUCAACCUUCUAUACUGAAUGCUAUUCUGCGCCUUGCGUGCUCAGCGGUACAGGGGGAGUACACAGGCUUCCCAGGUCCUAUGUGUUCACCUUUUCGGCGUUCGUUCAGUACUGUGCUGCGCUACGGCUUCGAGUACACUUUGACCGAAAAGAGUGAUGGCAUACGUGUGUUGGUUGUGUCGCUGCGUGUGCCCUGUUUCCCACGAUGGUUGCCUGAGGAAUUAGGGGCAUCUCUGGAGGCAAAAGGAAAGUUGCGCUUCGCGCUGCCCACAUCUUUGGUGGACCUCAUGUCACUGGAGAAGGCUCGAAGGCAGUUGGCUAACGAGAAGUGUGGGAGAGUUCCGGUACGACUCAGCGCUCAGACCCUUGUAAUGGGAGUUGACACGGGAAACGUAUUUACACUGGAAAACGACGAGGGGCUCGUCUGUCGUGUGGUGCGGUGCAUCAAGGGAAGACACUUUUCCUAUAUGUUCGACCGCUCGAUGAACUGUGCCUAUCUUCUUCUCGAGGAGUAUCCAUUCCAUUGUGAAUGCUGUGUGGUAGAUGGAGAGUUGAUGAAGGUCAUCGAUGACCCUAGGAGGCCUAUCUUGGGGCUCUUUGAUUUGUACAGUUAUAAGAAUCCUCAUGAGGCUGAGGUACGCCUCACUGAUUCGACAAUGCCAACACGGUAUGAAAAGUUAAAAGAUUUAGUUAAGCAAAUGCGCGAAGCUGCACCAUGUUCACACUCUUUAGAAUGGUUCGUCAAGGAGAUGUGGCCUGUGUGUCAUCUAAAGGAGUGCCUAAACCGACUGGAGUGUCGGGGGGUAAGGGAUUACAUUUUUCAUGGUCCUUGUGGUCCAACUAAAAAUGAUGGUAUUAUCUUUACCCCGAACGUAUUUCCAAUCACCGGCGGGUCCAGCCGUACUCAGAUCAAGUGGAAAUGGCCAUCGUUGUUAUCAAUUGAUUGGCUUAUCUCCCCUGUGGGAGUUGUAGCCGGCGAUAGCCAGCUGUACGAUGUGUGGUUGUUCUUUCGGAAAAAGAACUUUAACUAUCGUGUAGAUGUCGAAGGGCACUGGAGAUCAACAAUGCAGCUAAAUCUGCUGAACCCGCAUGGUUACUCCAUAGUCGUCGGGACCAAGGUCGUUGCGGAGUGUGUCUAUGUUGUUGAAAGGAAUUUGUGGUCUAUUGAGAGAAUUCGUUACGACAGACUGGAGGCCAACUCCAUCGUGACGAUCGUAUCUGUUUUUGAGAGUUUGGUGGAAAACGUCCACUUACGUGAGCUGUGCGCUCUGCUAGGAAUCUCAGAUGAGGUCACGCUUCAGCGCGUAGGGGAGUUACAGCCUUCGGUUCCCACUCCAACUACCACAGUGAAAAGUGGUGAUUUGCGGGUUCAUGCCCACCGCACGCAAAAGCUCCGACUCACCACUCAGCUCACGCUGCGAGCCAUUCUACAGGGAAGCGGGACCAAGCUCUCAUUGUGCUGGUACACGAACAAGGGCAAUCCUGACUGCCGAAAAUCUAUCCCUUGCGCCCUAUGCGAAGUUCGUGAGUGUUCUGGAUUAGGACUGCUCCGUGAGUGCGAUGUAACGGACUCAGGAACGAUCAGCUUGACGAAUUUUCUUUACAUUCAGCUUGGGAAUGCUGGCGGCAGCUAUGCGUGGUCCGACUUCACCGUGGAUGCCUACUUCGAUGGCACUCUGGGGCACUGGGUCGUUGUUAAGUGUCACCCACACGGUAGAAACUACGCGUGCGCCUUCGACGGGGUUCUCCUUCACCUCUCGUGGCUACUCGCGGAGGGCCGCGGUGAUGCGGCGAAACAUGCUAUUCCCAGUACUUGGUACGGACCCGCUGCGAGCCUUCCGCCGAUCAAAAAUGAGGAGACUCAGCGGACCAACAUACACUACGCCGGAAAGGUGGUGGAGCGGAGAGUGGCAGUCGUGCCGGAGCGCAGCGUGUUGUUGAGGUUUAAUAAUUGGAUCAAGUCGGCCCUCAUCGACGUUGCGGUACAAAGGGUACGAGGUUCACUACCUGAGGCGCAGACGCGACGCGACUUUGCGGUUGUGGAUGUGUGUUGUGGACGCGGUGGGGAUCUUCUGAAGUGGAAAGCGGUCGGACCAGCCUUCGUCUUCUUUACAGACGCAUCACAUGAGUGUGUGGCGGAAGCAGCUGCACGCUAUUCGUGCGGGAGGGGUCUCAGUGUUAAGUCGAACGCUCCGGAGGACACUGGCUUCCGCGCCUACUUCGACGUGCACGAUGCCUUUGAUCGCAGCGCUGGGUUGCAGGAGGUGCUUCUUCACGAGUUGCGCCGAAGCAAGAAACCAGAUUAUCACCUCUUUUCCUGCCAGUUUUCGCUUCACUAUGGGUGCUCCUCGCUGGACUGCGUCGAGGCCUUUGUCACCGUGGUAUCGUCCUCCUUGGCGGUGGGGGGGCUCUUCAUUGGCACAACAGUCUCCGACAGGGCGCUGCUGGAUCGAUUUCGUAAGCAAGGCCUGAGCUUCGGUAACACGCACUACCAUGUUUUUUUUCCAGAAGAAUCUGUGGCUUUUUUGCGGGAACACGAAAAUUCUGAAUCCUUUACACGGUAUGGUGUUCCUUACUUCACCACCGUGGAGGAUGCUGUGUCGAAUUUGCCUGAAUACGUGGUGCCGUGGGAUAUGUUUUGCAAGUUGUGUAGCAGGUACAACUUACACCUAGUAUUAGAACGCGGCUUUGUUGCAUUUUUUGAAGAGCACCAGCAUACACCUGAUGGGCAGAAUCUCAUUAAAGCUGCGAAGCGCAGCCGAAGCGGCAUGAAGCAAAUGGCCUUGUCAACAGACGAGAUGGAGGCGGCAUCGAUGUAUCGCGUCUUCAUUUUUGAAAAAAAAGGUAGCCUGGAAGUUGCGUAGAACUUCGCGCUCAUGGUUCAGGGGUAUUUCUCCUCCCGUUAUUAUAUUUCUGACUUUGUUUCAUGAGGGGAAGGGUAGAGUUUGAAUACUUAAAAGGUUAUAGACAUAACCCAUUAAGCAAACUUUUGAAACAACAUGGAAAGUCCAUGAACUGAAUAAAUUAUGUCGUGUUUAUUGAAUUAUGCCAUCUGAAUUCGAUUUUUGUUUCCUAGCCUGUGGUGCUCUGACCGUUCAAAAUGAGAGAGGAAUUGACUAGGUUCUUAUAAUUUGUCGCUUCUUUUGCCCUUUUCCCUGACUCGUACGCGCGUCUUCUCAUAGACCCAAAUCCACUCAAACUGCACGAGUCAAAGUAAAUAGGGAAGAAACAACAAAACGAUCACAGGGUCAUACCAUAUUUUCAUCUUAUCCCAAGGCUUUACUCUAUUCUACUGAA